ACGGUGGAUCCGACUUGGGUAGCAGCAAGCUCCAGCUCGAUUUGGUGUGCUCCGGUGGCAAGGGCUUGAUUUGCUUGGGUGUGCUCUGGUGCUACAGUAGCGGCCGAGGACGAAGCUCGCUGAAGGUGAGCAGCAGGCUUCACUGCUCCUGGCGGAAGUGAGCAGGUGUUGAUUGUUGAAGGAAGCACUGAGCAGAGGAGUUGGGUCUCAGAUUGGUGGUGGAACUUGCAGUGGUUCUUGAUUGAGGCCAGUAGCGUUCAAAUUGGGGGCGGUUGUGAAGCUUUGUGUGGUGCUGUUGGGCUGCAAGGGAGCAGAGAGGAAGUGGUGCAGUAAGCGUGGAGUGGUGCUGUGAGUAGUAGUGAAAUGCUUGUGUGUGUGGCUGCAAUCAAAAGAGAAGGAGCAAGCUGCUAGUAGCUGUUUGACAGAGAACGAAGGCAGGUGCUGCUGUUUUGCUCUAUCGCUACAGUAUGGGAGAAAAUCAAGGAAUUGAGCAAGUUCUUGGGAAACUUGUUGAACUGCUUACUGCGAAAAAGAAUGAGGUCUCAUCCUCAUGUAGGGAAAUUGUGCCCCACGCAGAUACAAUUCAGAAAUUAGAAUUGAUGCCAAAUGAUAUCAAAUUGGAGGGCAUCAAGAAUUAUCUGGCUUGGUCUAGGAGGGCAUUGUUGUUGUUGAAGGCCAAAAAACUUGAGGGCUUUGUCAAUGGAGAGAUGAUUGAACCUAAGGAUAAAUCAAGUAAUGAAUGGAAAGCCUGGGAUGCUACUAAUUCUUUGGUGGUUGCAUGGCUGUUAAGCUCGAUAUCACCGACUAUUGCUGGAUCAGUGGAUACUAUUGUGAGUGCUUCAGGGGUAUGGCAGGCUCUAUCUGAGAUGUAUUCAGGCAUUGGAAAUGUGAUGUUAUUAGCUGAUACAGAUGACAGAAUACAUCAUCUGAAGCAGGGGGGCUAUAUUUGAUGAAGUAUGUUGCUGAGUUGAAGCGUUUGUGGGCUGAUUUAGAUCACUAUGAUCCUAUUGAGUUUCCACAUCCCGAGUGUGUAGCAUGGGUGAAAAGGUGGAUAGAGAAAAAAAGAGUUCUUCAGUUCCUAAGAGGUCUGGGCUCAGAAUUUGAGGCAAAACGUGCUGCCAUGUUUCACCAAUCCAACCUUCCUAGCCUGGAGGAAGCCAUAGCUGCUAUGGCACAGGAGGAGACUAGACUUAAGGUAAUGAGAGGUAAUUCUUCACCUCCACCCCGUCCAGCUUUUAUGGUGACAGGAUCCCAGGAGACUAGGAUAUGCUAUAACUGUGGUGAGAAGGGCCAUUUGAGUCGUGAUUGUCGCCAACCUUUCAAACCCAAAAGUGGAAGAGGAAGAGGUAGCGAUAGAGGUGGACGAAGGAGUGGUGUGAGCCAUGGUGGAGGAAGAGGUUAUAAAGCUAAUCUUGCUAUGAUUGAGGAAGGUGAAUCUAACCUAGUCAUGGUCUCAGCUGCUGAGUUAGAAGAAUUGAGGAAGCUAAAAGAGAAUAAGGAAAAUUCAAGAUCAAAUGAUCAAGAGACAACGACUUCAAAUUCAGAUUGGAUAUCAGAUUCGGGUGCAUCCAGGCAUGUCACAGGAAAGGAAGACGGGAAGAAGGUUUGGGACUGGAGUUUGACAUAAUGGACUCUGGUAUCUUGACAAGAGCAAGAUAGAUGAGACUAUAUGUCUUGCUCUGUCAGCUAUUGCAAGUGAAGAGGAGAUUAAGGUAAUGCUUUUACACUAUCGGUUGGGACAUAUAUCUUUUGAUAUUAAGAGUAAGGUAUUUCCUAAUGAAAUGUGUAAGGUGGACAAACGUAAAUUGAUAUGUGAUGCAUGUGAGUUUGGGAAGCACACAAGAACCUCCUAUGUGAGUAGGGGGUUGCGAAGUGUGGCACCAUUUAUAUUAAUCCACUCUGAUAUGUGGACCUCUCCUGUAGUCUCUAUUAGUGGAGCGAAAUACUUUGUCAUAUUUAUUGAUUGCCACUCUCGUAUGACAUGGCUAUACCUUAUGAAACAUAAAAGUGAGGUGCUUGAAUGCUUUAAGGACUUCUGUGCAUGUGUGAAGAAUCAAUUCAAUGCUCACGUUCAAAUUAUCAGAACUGAUAAUGGGACUGAGUAUGUGAACAAGGAAUUUGGAAGUUUUCUUUCUAAGAAAGGAAUCUUACAUCAAACUUCAUGCCCUGAUACGCCCCCACAAAAUGGAGUAGCUGAAAGAAAGAAUCGGUACCUCUUGGAGGUAGCCCGUUCACUCAUGUAUACUAUGAAUGUGCCUAAGUUCUUAUGGAGUGAGGCAGUUAUGACUACUACCCAUCUUAUUAAUC